UCAUUAAUUAACACGUGGCAAUCCAUCACCAUCUUCAGACAAACUCCUCCUCCAUACUCUCUCUGCGUUCUGAGUUUUGGAGAGAGAGAGAGAAGAGAGAGUAAAAUGAGUAGUGGUGGAAAUGAAGAGUGGAAGAAGAACGCAGACACACACAAGAUGAGUUCAGAGGAAGUCAAGAAAGCUGGAGUCGACUCCUCCAAGAGGCCACCGGGUCACAACCCUGGUGAGGUCCUCCACCAGCGCCGUAAAUUACCAUUCAGCCCCUACACCAUGGCCCUCGGCGGCUUCCUCAUCGUCGCCACCCUCGGUUACUUCACCUUAUAUGCUAAGAAGAAGCCCGAAGCCAGCGCCGGCGAUGUUGCCAAAGUUGCCACCGGCACCGCCAAGCCCGAGGAUACCCAUCCUCGCAAAUAGGGUGUAUAUAUAUAUACAUGUAUCCUUGGGGGUUAUGGAAUGGUGGUUUGGUUGGUGUAAUUGGUUGUCUUAAAAAGUAUUUUGAUUUUCACUGUUUUUUAAUUAGUAAAUAAGAUUAUGAACUUGAUUUAGAAUCUGAAA